AUGGAGAGCCAACCAUCGGAUGAGUCCGUUUCCGCACUCUAUGUGAGAAGAUGUGUAUAUUUCGCUUUCUUUGGUCGACCGUCUGAGACUCCGCCAACCCCAAUUGACGAAGACUAUUCAACGCCCCAUAGCUCCCCUCAUCCGCCUCCGUCGCCGCUGUUCGUCCCUGAAGAAAACAAUCCGUCAGACGACCGCCAGAUGACGGGGAUCUCGGAUCAUGUGAUUGACAGACCUGACACGCAGCGUCGGAAUAGGAGACGCGAGGAGCGGCGGGAACGGCGACAGCGGCGGCGGCAAGAGCGGGAGACUCGGCGACGGCAGAGAGAGUCUCGCCGUCAACGAAUGUCCAGUGGUGGACAUGAAGGCGGACAGGCCGCCAGACCCCAUUCUGUAGACCAAAACCAUGGGGAAUCAAGUCGCGGGUCUUCCGGAAAUAUCACGGAAGUGGAAAUCGACGCUGGGAAUGAGCAUGAAUCUACACAGCCGGAAGACACAAUAAUCGAGGAACUGAGAGGUAACGCACUCACCGCUAACCAGACGCCAGUUGACCCAUCGGUAGCGGAACCGAUUGAAAUCGAAGCCGCGCUUGAGAAAGAUUCUCAAGCGGCAGAUACUCCUGAUGAUAUAAUGGUGCCAGAGCUCGUUAUCGAUGAUACCGAGGACAAUUCCGGGCCACACGACUUCAUAGAAGCGAAUACACUAGGAGAGAUAGACGAAAAUGAGUCCUUAACUCGACAGGAGCCUGACCACCUUGGCGAACUGCCGUCAGGUCAUCUUAUAGAAGAUCGUCGAUCCGUUCUCAGUGCUUUAAACCAGCAUAGGGCUGUGCGACGACGAUCCCGACCCUUAGGACACAAGCGGACGGUCAUAUCCAGACGACAGGCUGCAGCACAGACCCGCCUCGGCGGUAAGAACCGUCGUCUGACGCAAGUAAAUAUAAAACAGGGGCAUAAGCUCACCUCCCAUGCGGACCUUCCAAUCCAAAGUCCACUCGAAGAGGUUAUAGCGGAAGAGAGGGCUCAAACGCUUGCGCAGUUAGAAGAGGGUCCAGUCAUCUCAGAAUCGGUCGUUGCAGAUCAUGCUGAUCUUCCCCAAACGUCCCCUCUACCUUCUGUGCCAGAGUUCCUCGGUAGAGUGCACGAGCCCGAAAGUCCAGUGGAGGAGAGUCAUGAGCCCACCAACAUUGGGGAAGACCCGCACGAGACAGAAAUAGAGGACCAUAAUGUGACUCCAGAGAUAAUCAUCCACGAGCCGUCUCCUGGGCGUAUUCCGGAACAUCCCACGGACAAUGCCAGGUUGAACACCCCCACAGAAGCAAAUACAUCACCGCGAGAAGUGGCUGACGGUGAGGCUCUAAUUCGACAAGAAGAUGACCGUCUUGUAGAACCUCCCUCCACACUCCGCUCAUCAAGACAGCAUAGGGCUGCUCGACGUUCCCGACUCUCAGGGCUUCCCUCCACACUCCGCUCACCAAGACAGCACAGGGCUGCUCGACCUUCCCGACUCUUAGGGCUCAAUCGAUCGGCGAAAGCCAGACGACAGGCUGCACAAAGACAUCGCGGCGGAAAAGCCCAUCGUCUCACACAAGUAGAUAUGAAGCAAGGGCAUCAGUUCACUCCCGGUGCAAACCUUGGAGCUGAGAAACUGCCUCCAACCGAGGAUCUCACAGGGCAGAGCCCACCUGAAGCGGUGGUGGCGGAAGAGAGGGCACAAGCAGUGGCCCAAUCAGCAGAGCCUCCAGCCGUCUCUGACUCGGCCGUUGCCGAUCCUGCCAAUCCUCCUCUGCCUUCGAUGCCAGAAUUGAUUGCUCGGUUGCAAUCUCGUCGAAAAGUUCCGAGAGACAAGAGAAUCGCCGAGGAAGCACGACGUCGACGGGAAGCCAAGCAGCGGGCAGAAAAUACUCCGCGAGCAGCCCAGGAAUUCGAAAAUGACUUCACUCAGACUCAGAGCGGGGACGAUCUCUUCAAUGACAACAACAACGGUGAGAUCGCUCCACUUGAAGGCAAUCAUGCUCCUCCUGCUGCUACUGGUGGUGGUGGAGCAAACCAGAGACUUCGAUCAACAAGCCCACCAAGCCAACCUCUGAAGGCUGGGCGAAAACAAUUUGCUCGGCCUGCUCGCCAGGGUCCGUAUCGGCGUCCAAUCGAAAAAGGCCAAGGAGACCGAGAUCGACCUCUCACGCAGAUCGAUAUGCAGCUGACGACUUCAGAUCAACCUACCAUUGCCCCGGGAGAUCCGCCACUGCCGGCCAUUCCUCUGACUGAGCCGGCGCCGAUCGAGAACGCGUCCAACGCGCUUCCAGUUCCCCCGCCUCCUAAUGGUAGUGUCGAACGCAGGAGGAAAGCCGCCAAUAAGAUUCGAGAACAGCGGCCACCCAUUGUUGCCAAUCCUCACGAGCCGUCCGAUGAUCUGGUCAUCUUCCGGGUCUGGACUGGGACUCGGUGGACGGAGCGGAAGAGAGUCGUUGCCAAUCCGUCUGAUCCCCUUCGCUGCGAGCGCGAAGCAAAACGCUUUGUAGAAGCAUAUCAUGCACAGCUCCGAGAUGCGCGGCUGCGUAUGCUGAUGCCUUCACAAUGUCUUCAGUCGGCUCGACAGGAUGGUAGCCAAUCCGUGUUUCUGAUCUUUCCCGAAGACCGGACUGUCAACAAAGCCAUGGAACAGGCGGCGGCAGCGUUCAUAGGCUUCAGACGUCGUUAG